GGUGUUAGUUGGCGCCAAGCGCAGUAUCAACUCGACUGGCGCGCUUCACUGACGCUCAAACGUCAAGAGAAUUUGCCGCGCAAAGUGACGAUUGACAUUUUAUUUUUCGAAUUAAUAAAUUAUUUCCAGCCGGUAUGAUUAUAAUGGGGAGAUAGAUAAUAAUAUAUAUUGUUUUUUAGGACGUUGGUUAUUUUUGCAUUUUCGAACUAUUUUCUUUGGUGUAGUGAAAGAAGAGUCACCAUGGCAAAGACAUUACACAUAGUAUUAUUCACCGCGACCCUAUCAGUGGUAGCAGCCUACCACCGCCCUGACUUACCACCGGGGCCGUACUGCGGUCUGUCGACGAACAACCAGUGCUGCAGAGAUCGGAAGGAUGACUGUUCACAUAAAAUACUUGAUACUCUGUGCUACUGUGAUGAAUUCUGCAACCGAACUCGCGCCCAUGACGACUGCUGUCCAGAUUAUGAAGAGGUCUGUCUGGGCAUCCAACCAGACCCCGGUUUUCUCAUCCAGCCAUGUGAAUAUCGCAAUCGGCAGUACUUCCCUGGGGAUAAGAGGACAGACAACUGUAAUACCUGCGAAUGCGUGAUCAUAGACGAACAGAAGAUGACAACAGACUGGAAAUGUGACAGUGACGUUUGUCUCAUCAGCGAUGACGUUGUCUUCGGUGUCAACCAGCCCGGUAUGACAUGGCGCGCGUCGAACUAUUCGCAGUUCUUUGGAAAGAAGUUGAAGGAUGGAUUAAUUUAUAAAUUAGGUACAUUCCCUCUAAGCCGUGAAACGAAGCGAAUGGGAGCAAUUCGAUACGACAAGAACAUACCCUACCCUCGUGACUUCGAUGCUCGCAGACGUUGGCCGAACUUCAUCUCCCCUGUGGUGGACCAGGGCUGGUGUGGAUCUGACUGGGCUGUGUCAAUUGCUGGUGUUGCUUCUGACAGAUUCGCAAUCCAAUCAAACGGAGCCGAAGCCCUGGCUCUGAGUCCGCAGACUCUUCUCUCGUGCAACAUCCGUCAGCAACAAGGCUGCAGAGGAGGACAUAUUGAUGUCGCCUGGAACUUCGCUAGAGGACACGGGUUGGUAGAUGAGCGCUGUUUCCCCUACAAAGCAGCCGUUGUACGCUGCCCAUUCAAGCCAAGAGGUAAUCUCAUAGAUGAUGGCUGCAGACCUCCAGUGAAGCAAAGGACCUCAAGAUACAAGGUCGGACCUCCUGGCAGGUUGAGCAAGGAAGAGGAUAUCAUGUAUGACAUCAUGGAGUCAGGUCCAGUACAGGCUGUAAUGACGGUGUACCAAGAUUUCUUCCACUACCGUGAUGGUAUCUAUCGACGAAGCAGACAUGGCGACAAUCGUAUGAAUGGUCUUCACAGUGUGAGGAUUAUUGGAUGGGGUGAGGAGAGAGGUGACAAAUAUUGGACGGUAGCCAACAGUUGGGGCACAGAAUGGGGUGAGAACGGCUACUUCCGCAUCGCCAGAGGAGUGGACGAAUCUGAUAUCGAAUCAUUCGUCGUUACCGUGCUGAGUGACGUCACGGAAGCCAACCAGAAGAAAUAACAGAGGAUCCACCUCAUCACUCCCCUGUGCGUAGUCACGAAGACUAUAAAAACCAACAGAGGACUGCUUCUAUUGAAUACGACACGAGAUUUUGGUUAAUGUGAUAUUUUGAAGGUUAUCUAUAGGGUGACAUUUAAGUAGCUGUCAAAAAUUAUUUUUAGAGUUUAAAACUUAUCAAUAUAUACUUUGAUUAUAACGCCCAUUUUAAUCUGAAAAGUUGGUAUAAUUCAAUUAAUAUUCAAUUGGUUGCUUUGGUGCUAAACUUAUCUUCAGUGUGACUUGUUUUUUAUUAAGUUAUUACUUAGUACUUAAGAUAGACUAAGGAAUGCAAAACUUUGUGACAGCUUCUAAUGAACGAAAAAUAUGUCUACGAUAUAUACUUAGUUGAUAAAAAAUAGCUAUAAGUUACAAUAAAAUCGUGGACCACAAACUGUUAUAAUAUACAAAAAUGAUGAAAAAUGUUUAACUAAGGAAAUAGUAGUAGCCAAAAACCUCAUUGCCAUCAAGAGAUGUUUACUAGACAACUGGGGUCUUAUACAAAUAACGUUGCUUGAUAUUAAUAUCCUAAAUCAGUAAGUGGUCUACGCUCUACGAUACUAAAACCUAUAUUUUUAGACUAUUUAAUGAGCACUGCCUAAAGGCCUAUAAGCAUAGCUUUAAUCUAACAAUUAAUGUUGCGUAACGUUGGUAUCCUGGAACCUGUCAAACCGUUCCGCUGUCAAGUUAGACAUUUAGCGCCUAAAUAACAUUUGUCAUUUGAGGUCCAUUUUAGAAAACGAUAAUACUUUAUAAAAUCUACCUUCUUUCAUUAACAAUUUCCUAGUAAUUUCUUCCCACUACCUGUAACGUAACUUUUUAAACAUAAAAACAAGAUUUUGAGAAAGGUAUAGAUGGGGCGUGGCACGAAAAAGGUUGGGAAACACUGAUCUAACGUUAAUGACAGAUUCGAAGAAUUCAAAUUCUCAAUGUCAAGAAGUAUGUGAUAUGAAACCAUCAAAUUGGAAUGUUAUCUGAUAAGGCAUUUGAAGACUUCCUUUUAUGUUGCCUUUAUAUCAAAAUGAUAACAUCAAAACUGUGUUUACAAUAACAUUUUCAGGACUUCCUCAAAGUCAAUCUUUAAGUUUUGUUUAUUUACAAUGUUAAAAUAUGUUCAAAGAAUAAAUCAUAUGAAACGGAAGAUAUUAGCUAAAAACUCUAAAUUUAGGAUACAAACUUAAUUUUGAAUUUAAACAGUUUUUUUAAUCACUUCAAUUUUACAACUUGCUUCAAACAAUUUUUUUAAAGAACAUUUAUAUGCGCACAUUACUUGUAAAAAAAUGCUUUUUUAGUAAUUUAUUUAAUCAACUGCCAUUUACAAUCUAAUGGUUAGAUACUUAAAACUAGUCUUAGUGACAACGUAACAUUAGUCUUAGGAAAUAUAUCUCAUAGACAAUAACUAUUUUAUUACACAAUUUAAUGGAAUGCACAGUCUUAUCACAAUAAGGAAAUGUAUAUUUUAUUAAGUUUAAUAAAAAUUUAAAAAU